CCUUUCCAUUUGUGCUUUUUUGUUUCUGGUUUGGCAAGGCCGAGUAAGGGCCCAUCAUCUGGGAGUAACAAGGAUCCUUUCUCAGCUCUCAAGUUGUGGUUGGAGGAGAGUGAUGUCAUCGAAGGAUCGAUGCUGGAUGCUCACGUUGAAAGAGUCUUCACUGAAGCUGGUAUUGAUGAAGAUGUAAUAAAGAGAUAUCUACCCAGUGGUGGGAGGCAUUAUGAUGGCCAUAAUCAUGACAAAAGGAGGCGGAGAUUGAGGGAGGAAGACAUGAGAAAAACAGUCAUGGAUGGCGGAAGCGAUGACUCUGAUCUGCACCAGGAGAAGAGACCAAGAUUGGGGGAAAAGGAGCAGAGCUGUGCACAAGCUGCAGAAGCCACACAGGAGUACCAGAUGAUUCCACGUGCCAGCGGAGUCGCGUCUGAUAAGCUCGUGGUUGAACGAGCAACCACCGAAGAUCCUUGCGAUGACUGUGACCGUGCAAUCGCAAGACUACCACCUCAACACGUGAACAUCCUUGGCGACUCAGUAGCCGCCGACGAUAGCAGAUUGAAAUCUCCGUAUCCAGAUGGAUCUGGCAGACCGAAUGAUCGCCAUACUUCAAGUUGCAACGCCAUUAAAGACGCUUGUGAUGACUGUGAUGGUGUGAAUGGGAGACUUCCACCUGAACAGAAGAACAUCCAUGACAACUUGCUGGUCGCUGAAGAUAGCAGCGUGAAGUCUUCAUCUCCACAUGAAUCCGGGAGACUGAGCGGUAAUCAUGCUUGCGAUCGGGAUGCAGAAGCAACUGAUGGCGGCCAUUUGUGUGUUGUCGAUACAGCCAUCUCCACUCCAUCUCCAGUGCCGGACUCAAGUGACAAAAAAAUAGCAAAGAAGGAAUGUCACAGCCCCAGUGAAUCGCAACAUGCAGUGCCGGGGUUGGGAAAAUCCGAUUUGCGACUUCAGAAUCCCGAUACGGAGGUUGACGAGGCAGAAGCUGAUAAUUUGGAGGAUGAUACAGCGGCUGUAAGCAGCAGCAGCAGUAGGAGUCUUUCCUUGGCGAUGACCGGAACAGCUUCCCCAGGUCAGUGCAACAAACUGUCGUCCACUCGAAGCGGAGAAGGUGGCACCAAUUCCGAUGACGACGGAGGUGCAGCCUUCGCGCGGGAUAACGGUGGUCCCCCCAGUCUUGACAAGCCAAGUUCACCGGCAUCAGCUUGUGGGAGAGAAUGCACAGAAAACGAGACUGAUAAGAUGGACGUGGAGGAUGAUUAUGCAGCAUCCAAGUCUUGUGCCGAGAGAGCAGAAUUAACGAAACAACAGGAGUGUGAUGAUCACGACGGGCAAGUUCGAAAGACAUGCGGUCAAGAGCACUUCCAUCAUCAUGAUGGAGAAGAAAAGGUGGAGGUAGCAACGUUCGAUAUGGACUUCUCUGUAACUGCCUCUGCAGGCGAUUGUACAGAGGCACAAUGUGUCCACAGUGACUGCGAUGACGAGCAAGCGCAAAGAGGACUGGAGCAUACCAAGGGCCAUAAGGGAGAAAUAGGGGUGGGGGAAGACAUGCAGUUUGAAGGCUCAGCAACCGAGUCCCUCCUCGAUGCAGCCGCUGAGUCGGAACAACAGCACGGUGUGCCAGAUCAAGCAGCAGGAUGUGACCUAGAGGGGAACAAUCAGGGAGACACGGAGAUGGUGGAAGCUCUCGAUGAGUCAGGAGCAGAGCUGGAAGCUGGGCAGCCUCUGGAACCCCGUUAUGAAAGGCAGGUUCUGAGUCAGGAAAGCACGCAAAGUUUAGGUCCGAAAGCCCUGAAAGACUCGGUAAUUUCAGUUUCGCCGGCGUGCAUGGAAGGCAGACAACAAGAAACUACCACUCGCUCAUUCGCAGUUGUGGAUGCUGACGACGGGUGCAGAAACGUAGUACCGACAGCCGUGAAUGAUGUAGACUCUGCCACAGACGCGGGAGGCAGCCAGGAAGCCAUUGCUCAUUCAGUCGCAGCUGUGGAUGUUGACGUAGGGUACGGACAAGAAGGACCAGGCUUGAUUGCACAUGAGAGUGACAGUAAUGAACAGACUCCAAGUGCAGCAACUGGCAAUGAGUUGAAUUUGAAUGAACAGAUCCCAGGUGUAGCAAUUGACAAUUGCCAGGUCCCAUGUGCAGUAUAUGACAAAAAUAAACAGACUGCAGGUGCAGCAAUUGGUACUGUAGUAACUGUACAAAAUCCAGGUGCAGUAAUUGAUGAUGAAGUAUUGGGACAGCAAGGCAAGCAGUCGACGUCGACAGCUACAGAAGAAAGCUAUGCUCAGGAACAGGAACUACUCAUUAAUGAGGGGAAUAAGAAUGGAGAUGCAGUCUGUGUACAGAUAUCUGCUUCUGGUGUUUCCAAUGACUUCCACCAGAGUGCAGCUUCUUCAUCAGCCUCUACUGUUUUAGCAGUUGGUGGGAGAGGGAGUGCUUCGGCAAUGGAGAUUGGGGGAUCGGGUGAUGGAUCUGAUGAUAAGAAUCCAGUCAGAAGUGGGAACUCAAAGAGGAGAAUUGUUACUCCCGCCCGUUUCAACAUGUGCAGCCCGAAAGAGCAAAGGCAGAUGUUUUCCACAGACGAUCGAUCUUGUGAUGAGAGGCGUGAGGAGCAUGGAGGCAAUGUACUCUCACCGGCACCGUCAGGAGGUGAGCCUACUGUUUUAGCAGUUGGUGGGAGAGGGAGUGCUUCGGCAACGGAGAUUGGGGAAUCGGGUGAUGGAUCUGAUGAUAAGUACCCAGUCAGAAGUGGGAACUCAAAGAGGAGAAUUGUUACUCCCGCCUGUUUGAACAUGCGCAACCCGAAACAGCAAAGGCGGAUGCUUUCCACAGAUGAUCGAUCUUGUGAUGAGAGGCGUGAGGAGCAUGGAGGCAAUGUACUCUCACCGGCACCGUCAGGAGAGACUUCUGGCUUUGUGACACCCAAGAGCACCCACAGAGCCCGACAAGUCUCAUCUCGUAGCAGUAGUGCAAAGCCACCGACCGUCAUGGAAGAUCCUGUUUCUGUACAGAUGUGGAUGAAGGCUUAUCUUGUCCAUAAGGACGGUGGCGAUUCAGAGUGGAGAAUUAUAUUCUCUCUCCACAAUAACAGCCAGCACAAAGUUGUGGUCGAGAGCCUCACGUAUUGGCAAACGGAUGAGCAGAUUCCGCCUAAUGAUUUUGUUUAUUCCACACCAUCAAGUUCGACCUCACACCCUCGCGCUUCUGGGGGCGGUGACCUGGAGAAAGAAAGAAGCGUCUAUAUUGCCAACCGAUUGCAGCCAACGACAAUCAGCUGGCCAGCGGGAGAUCAAGUUAUGAAAGAGAGUGGCUUCGUGUUCCACGCAGUGAUGAUGCCAUGCACCCCCGGAGUGUAUGAUUCACCCAGAAUGGGGUUCAGCUGGAAAUACAGCGAGGGCGGGCGCAGGCGAUCGUUCGGGAGCGAAGCGGGAGGAGGAGCGGCAGGGGAAACGGGGAGGGGGUUAGGAGCGGGAGGACCACGAGGGGAAACGGGAAGGGGCGGAGGAGGCGCGGGAGGAGGAGCGGUAGAAGGCCCCGUGGCAUGUGGUCGGAGAGGGUGGCAUGCACUCAGCGAGCGCGGGCGCAGGCGAUCGUUCGGGAGCGAAGCGGGAGGAGGAGCGGGAGGAGGAGCGGCAGGGGAAACGGGGAGGGGGUUAGGAGCGGGAGGACCACGAGGGGAAACGGGAAGGAGCGGAGGAGGCGCGGGAGGAGGAGCGGUAGAAGGUGCGAGAGGAGGAGCGGGAGCGGAAACAGGGAGGGGGAGGGGGAGCGGGAGGGGAAGGAGGAGAAGGAGUGGGAGGACCGGGAGAAGGAGCGGGAGGAGGACUGGGAGAAGGGACGGGAGCGGGGCUAUGGUGAGCGAAGAGGAGUGGGAAAAGGAGGGGGAGGAGGGACGGGGGGAAGAGCAGGAGAAGCAGCUGGAGGAGCAGCAGCAGGAGGAGCGGGAGGAGGAGCAAGAGGGGGAGCGGGAGAAGGAGAGGGAGGAGGAGACGGGGGACGAGUGGGAGAAGGAGCGGGAGCGGGGUUAUGGCGGGAUCUUUGUCACGUUGUUUGGUGGAGGAGGAAUGAGAGGACGAGGAGGAGUGGGAGGAGCGGGAGAACGAGCGGGAGGGAGAGUGGGAGGGGAAACGGGAAGGGGUGGAGGAGGCGCGGGAGUGGGGGGGUAAGUGGACAUUGAUUGAUUGAACAAUCCAAAAAAA